GGGUGGCGCGAAUCAAUACCCUUCGACCUAUCUCGACGCCUUUUUCGAGCAUGCAUACGUCGAGGCACGUAGGUUUAUUCGGUCAGUGUCGCAUUUUCACCAAGGCUAAACGGCCGCGGAUCCACGAUCCGCCGUGUCGAGCCAGUUGGGAAGAAUCGUGACAAGGAGGAAGGCUACCUAAAUCUUGCCUCUCUCAUCCUCUUCGCCGCUCCGCACCCCGUUGCUCGCUCUUUCAGCCCGACGCAGCAGUCGUCGCGUUUACGUCAGUCGUUAUCGAGACACGGCCGUGGACGCGACGAGGUCGAACGCGCGCGGGACCAAACGACGUUUUAUUGCCAAGUUACAGCUGAUAAAUUAACCGUGAUUAAGUAAUCGAUGUUUUGUUAGAUGAAUUCGCUAACAGGGAAUGUUGUACGUACUAUUUUUUUUCUACCAAUAGUUGCGUAAUCCACAUUAUUCCAUCGAUUCAAUUGAAAAGAACGACUUCCAGUCAAGUAACAUCAGGUGUUUCAAGACGCAACAGCGAUAACGCGAGCGUUCUAGGCCAAGUACCGCGACGUGGAAGUACCAACCGGAAACGAGCUCAAUGAUCGCGUCGAAGCGGCACUUGCUGUUUGUGGUUACUCGCGUUACAAAAUGCUCCCGCGAACGAGCAAAACGGUACCGAGCCCUCUCGGUCUCGGCUACGGCCAAAUUCAAAGAGGCAAGAAAGGAUCGCGUAUACUCGAGUGCGUUUGUCGAAGAUCCAGCUGGUUGUUGCUGUUGCUGUCGGCCGUGCUGUUCGCCAGCCUCUACGUCGUCUCCUUCGAGGAGAAUUACGAGUUCGACUUCCCUUCGCGGUACCGUUCCUCUUACGGCUCGUACAACGUCACGGAAGGUAAGUAAACGAGUAUACGGAAGACCGAGACAGAGAGGGAGAGCGCGGUUGCUGGUUGUCGCAGGAACGAUGGACGGCUACCUGGUGUGGAAUUCGAGGUGCCAAAUGUUGUCGAAGAAACCGAUGGACCCGUCGAUCCGGGCUUACGUGAAGAAGGAAAAGUUUCAAAGAUGCUCGAACGAGCCUCCGCUAACCGGGGUGUCGCGCGACGAGAACGGCAGCGUGAUUCUUUCAAUUAAUCCGACCGUCUCGACCCUUCACCCCGGCUUGCAGUGCUGUUGGGCGCCGAUUUUCCGACCCGAGAACAAAUCGGCCAAAGAGAAAGCGAACAAACGGACUAACCUCGACUCCUCGAUCGUGGUGAAACGAUGCGAGAAAUUCGACGUGGAGACCAGACUGCCCGACGACGCGCAAGCGGCCAUGGUCAGCUGUACCGCGAAGCCGAAGAAAGGGGGAGCGAAAGCGACCGACAAACCUAUUUACGAAAACGUUCACCCGAUCCUCAGCGUCGAGAAGGUUCGCGAUCGUUUGGGACAACGCAACGCGAACCGAUCCAUCGAUACGAACCGAGAUCCUCUGCUUUCGAGAAAGUUGAGCGUCUUGCUGCUCGGUAUCGACAGCGUCAGCAGGCUGAACUUCAUGCGCAGCGCGCCGAAUACCGAUAAAUAUCUGCAAGAGACCGGCUGGAUUCGCUUGAACGGCUACAACAAGAUGGGCGACAAUACUUUCCCGAAUCUAAUGGCGAUACUGACCGGGCAAAACCAAGCGCAGGCCUACUCGAGGUGCAAGCCGACCGUUCCCUACAUCCUCGACCGGUGCCCCUUCCUCUGGCACAAGUUUCGCGAGGCCGGCUACGCGACCGCCUACGGCGAAGACGAGACCAGCCUAAACACCUUCAACUACCUCAAAGUCGGUUUCGUCGAGCCACCGACGGAUUAUUAUCUACGACCGUACAUGCUCGCUUGCGAGAAGCUGCUGAAAGUGAAAAAGAGAUUCGGCCUAAAAUAUUGCACCGGACCGGAAAGUAGCUUCGACAGAAUCCUCGAUUACGCGGUCGAUUUUUCCCGCGCGUUUCUAGGCCUACCAUACUUUGGCUUAUUUUGGACCAUCAGCGUGAGCCACGAGAAUGCGAACGGGUUGUCGUCGAUGGACGCUCGACUGCUCGACAAGCUGAAACGGUUGGAACGCGAGGGUGUGUUGAACGACACGAUGAUCGUGUUUCUGAGCGAUCACGGGAUGCGAUGGGGCCCGAUCAGGAGCACUCUCGUCGGCUGGUACGAAGAGAGAUUACCGUUUCUCUACGUCUGGCUGCCCGAAUGGUUUCGAGUCGAACAACCGGAAGCGUAUCCGUCGUUGCGCGCCAACCAGCAUCGACUCGUUUCCCCGUUCGAUCUGUACGAGACGCUGAGACAAGUGCUCGAUUUGUCCGGAGGUGAAGCGGAUCCGUCGCCGGGUUGUUCCGGUUGUCGCAGCUUGCUCGAACCUUUGCCUCGCGAACGCGGCUGUUCCAACGCCGGCAUCUCGCUGCACUGGUGCGCCUGUACCGCGUUCGAGCCCGUCGAUCUAAAGGAUCCGUUGGUCCACAACGGGGUGAGCUUCUUCAUCGAACACGUGGACAAGCUGCUGGACGCGUACAAGGAUCGCAAGGGUAGACGAUUGUGCGCGAAGCUUCGCUUGAAGAAGCUGAUCAGAGCGAAUCGAGCGAUCGACUUCGUCGACACGACCAGCCUCGCCUACUUUUACACCGUUCAGGUCAGCCCGGGCGACGGGAAGUUCGAGGUGACCGUGCGAUACCACGACAAUGCCACUUACACCGUGUCGGAUCACGAGGUCAGCAGACUCAACUCUUACGCGUCCACCGCCAAGUGUCUCGAGCACGGGAUGAAACAGUAUUGCCAUUGCCUACGAUAAAUUCGGACGCUUGGCUGAACUUCUGCUCCGCAACAGUGCCAAAUUCGUACACCGCGAAUCGCGUACGCAAAUGCACACGUGUGUACAUGGAUAUGUGUAUAUUUUACUACCUCUCUUCAACGCAAUUGUUUUACACGAAGACACGCAACGAAAUGAAAACGGAUCGAACACCGUUUGUACAACAAAUAAAUCGUGGUUUAAACAAAGAAA